AUGUGCCUCUGUUUCCCUCGCCGUCGCGGCGCGAAGAAGCAAGAACAACAAUAUGCCGCUUCUGAGGCCCCGAGACCCGUCCAGCUUCAGAGCAAGCCAGAGGAAAGGAAUACCCAAGAAAAGUCCAGUGCAGCACCUCAGCCAAGCAAGGUAGCCGCAUCAACCAAGGCACCAAAGCCAUAUCAAGCACGAUGGAACCAGGUUGCAAACCAACCAGCGUCUAAGGACAAACAGCCCCCAGCAGAAGACUGGAACUCUGAUGAUGAGAGGAAGAACAUAUUUGGGGAUCGCAAGCAUACUCAGACUACGACUACGAGCCCCAACACCGGAGCACUAAACACGCAAAAUCAACACCUGCUCAACGCCAUGAGCACACUGGUGCAGCAAAUGCCAGCAGCAGAUCCUCCGGACUGGCCACUGGAGAACAAGACUCCGGAAAAGGAACAUAAACCUGUGCAGAUAGAACGAAAAUCGACACCACCACCGCGAAACUACGUUAUUGGGUUCACGAGGCCGUGGCAACACUACGAUCGUGAAGCCGCCAGACUAUAA